CACAUCUAGCGUGAAAAUGGCCAGUCUGGACUUAGGUUUGGCCAGCACUGAAAUUCCAGCAGACAUGGCUACCAAACUACGAACGAACGUUGGUCAAGAUUAUAUCACGCACAACUUCCAGAAACACUUAGAGGGUUAUUACAAUAAGGCUACCCCGACAGACCAGGCGAAGUGCUUAGAACUGGUGACAGCCCUACACCUAGGAGAGGGCCUCGCGCCACAGUACACCACUCACCCUCCCUACACGUCCAAGAUACCCAAAGAUAUCAGGCGCUGUAAAUCAGCCAUGGCCAAAAUAGGUAGUACAGAUAAGGAUGGUAUUCAGGCAUUCAGCACAUCCUAUAGCAGAGACUACACUUCUAAACUGACACCCACAGUUGUAGCUCACAGGCCAUCAACGUCCCAAGGUUACGCGACCACAAAUGACAAGAGAGGUCCCAUCGGUAUGACCUUGUACACAGAGGACUUUGGAAAUAAACCUAUCAACCUGUGCGACCCAAUCCGCUCUGGGACUUCCUCUGGGGAGAGAAACAAUAACCCCCACCCAAAACAGGCUUUCAUGACGUGGCGUUUUCCAUCGCAUGGCAGAAAAAAAUAUGUCCGACAGUUAACCUGUAACGAGCCUCUGACCAAAGAGAAGAUAAAUUAUAUCCACAGAAGGAUGUGUUGCUCCACCUACCAGAAGGACUACCUGGGUAUCCCCCAGGGUUUUCAGAUGAAGUCUGCCUAUGACCUGCCUCCAGACUGGAAGCGUAAUGUGGUGUACAGUGUAGAGACCAGCAACAGGAUGGCUUAUCAGAACCCUAAAGGAGUUCCUGAGUUAGCCCUACCCUCCACGCGCUACGGCUCCAAUCGCACUAAGAACAAGGCAGCUGUGGGCACAAUUCCUAUGAUAAACAGGUGUCUCCUGGACUUGAAAACAAAGACGACAUAUGAUAGGCACUUCAACGAAAAUGCCUCUGCUGUCACACAGCAGAUUCGUGAUGUCUCUCGUGACAUUAACAUCGAUGCCCUGGAGAAGUUUUACAAUACGUCACUUGGAAAAGAGAAAGAAAUUGUUGGUAAAAUGCUCCACAGUUUAAAACCAGACAGAUACCAGCAACCAAGAUGUCACACUGCAAGCCAAGGCAGGAAAAGCCGCACACCAGGCCCACAUAGCCCAGUCGCCACGGCAACUACUCCAUCCCAUCAGCUGUUAGAACAAGACCAACCCAUUGGUGGCCCAAUAAGCACUCAGCAUCUAGUCCCUGCCUAAUUUCAAACUCAUUAGUAACGGGAAGUUAUAUUCUACAUGUACAUAUUUGUCACAUAAUUCAAAAAUUUUGUGUACUUUUUAUGAGUUUUAAA